AAUUGAUUCCUUAUUAAAUAAGCUCUCAGUUGCAGGAAUCUGUUUGUAUGAAUGUGAUACAUCUCAUUUAAAGUUCCUCAAACCCACACAUCGCCACUCUUCAGUGAUUUUUGAGAAGACAUCAACAAACUUUAGACGUUAUUUCAGUUUGUGAUCUGCACCUGCAAUAAUCCAAGUCUGCUUAUCUCACACCAGCACAGUUGGGGUGUGGUGAAUUUUGGGGGAAAUUUGUCAGGUUAAAGCAGCUCCUGGCAGCAGCUACACACUUACAGAGAUGCAGAUGCUCUGAACUCGCAAAGAGCCAAUCACAGUUCAGGGAGAUAGGGUGGGUGGUGGGUAGGGCAUGUGGUCCCCAUUUGUGUGCCAGGAACAGGCAACCAGUCAGGAAAGAGUGAACGCUGCUGCUGAAUACCUGAAUACUUUCAGUUUCUGCCUCUCCUUUAAGUUUUGAUUCUGCCUGAAUUUUUCAGUUUGAGAGUUCACCCAAGUUCAUCCCAGAGAGAUGUCAGGAAACAGAAACAGAAAGCUUCAGUUGUUAGGCCCCCCCUCCACCACACACACACAACUAACAGAGUCAACGGGUGAGGCAAACGUUGAAGGAGGAGCCACCCCCGAAGGAGCCCCUCCUUACGUCCCUGCCCAACUUGAAGGGAAACUCCAGCUCACUUCAGCCUCACACAGAGCAGCUACUCUCUGCACAUCCUCAUCCUCAGGUUCACCACCUCCAGCCUCGGGUUUUAGGCCAAGCAAUCAUGACAACACCGUCCAAGUCCAAGUCGCACAAGGUGAAGAAUGUGGUGCUCGCCCUCCUCACGCUUUGGUCCAUCAUCGCCAUCAUCAUCCUCGUUGUGUGGGCCACAUCUCCUAACAUGAAGGGCGCGGCUCAGUGUCGUGCUGAACUGCAGGACGCCACAGAGAGACUGGAGGGGGCAAAGGUGAAUUUCCAAAAGGACAAAGUGGCCCUGGAGGAGAAAGUGAUGGAAGCAAGGGAGGAGAACAACCAGAAGAACAGGGAGAUCCUACUCCUGAUGGAGAGGCUGAACACCACCAACGCCACACUGGAGGAGAGCCGACAGGAAAAUGUUGUCCUGCACGGGAACAUCAGCGCUCUGCAGGAGGAGGUGGAGCAGCUGCAGCAGAAGGAAGCAAACCUCACGGCUCACAUCAGCCUGCAGGAAGAGCGCAUGGAGGUCCUGCAGCAGAACAUGACCGAGGCCUUCCAUCAGACCGAGGCCUGCAACAGCCUGAGGAAGGCGGCUGACAGCCAGACCAUGGCGGCUCAGGCUCUCACCAAGGCCUGUGACUCUCAGAAACAGUUCCUGCAAAAGCAGCUUCAAAAGUACAAAGGUGUUGAAUGUGACGCUCCUGCACAGAGCAAGCAGGAGGAAAAGUCCCCCCCACCCUCGGGUGACGCUUCCGUUAUAGUUCCUGUCUGUGGAGCUCCAGCUCUGAUACUGCUUAUGUGCACCACUCUGCUGCUCACGACCUGAUUUCAUCAAGGUGGAUGCUAAAACUAACGGCGAGCACUGUGGUCCCAUGUGAGACGGAGCCCGGGCCGACUGAUGACUGCUGUACAAACUCUCUGUAUGCACAACAAACACGUCUCCAUGGAGACGCUGAUACACGACGAGCUCUUGGACUUCUGCUUUCGACUUCUCGGCUGAAACGUUUUACACCUGCUGGACUCUGAGCUUCUCUGCUGUUUUCUUUUUGUCAUGCAUCUGAUCCUGUCUGGACUAGAGGAGGAUUUUUUUUUUUUUUUGCUGCUUCAUAAGCUUCUUUUGAAUGCAUCAGACUCAAAGUUUGAAUGCUUCCUUACUGCAGUAAUCUUAAGCUACUCUGCCACUGGGAGGUGCUGUUCAGCUCAGAGCAAUAAAUGGUGGUUUAAGAAAUUCAACAAAUAGGAAUGUAGAUCUAGAAAUAUGGGGUGAAUUUGACUGUUAAAAUAAAGAAUUAUGGCCAAACAAGUAUUUCCUGCACUCCAUGGAAGUGAUGAAUGCUUCAUCCAUAAGGCUUUGAUGCAUUUAGCAAAAUUUAAAUGCACAAUCAGCAAAACUGCACAGGAAUGAAACAGUGCUGAUUUAACAAGCUUUGUCAGAUGUUGGUUUAAAUACUAAGAGGAAAAAUUGAACCUCAAAAGUUCACAAUGAUGUUGGUUUUGUCCUUUUUUUUUGUGGUUUGCCAAAGAAUCACUGGGGGGGUCUUUGUGAGCUUCAGGAUUUCAGCAGCAUUAAAGCUCAUGACCUUAGUUGUUUUGACCAUUUCCAGAAAGUGUUGUUCCCUCAUUUAUACACUUUUUAAAGACAAACAUUAACUUUUUAACACUUUACUUUUUUACUUAAACCAGAGGUCUGCAACCUGCGGCUCCGGAGCUUCAUUUGACUCUUUUACCUCUCCAUUGUGGGCCUUUGGGGUGAAAAAUAAAAUGUUUUAAGAAUUUUAAAAAGUAAGUGUAAAGGAAAAAGUAAGUAAGUUGUAAAGUAAAAAAAAAUAAAUGAACUGAAACUUUAUCCAACUCAUUCCCAAACAGUUGAAGGACGGUAUGAAUCAUUCAGCGAGGAUCCUAACAACGGUAGCUGUAAUUCAAUACUUUGUAGUUUAUCAAUGUCAUACUGACACAUUUGGACUAAAUUUUGAGCUUAAUUUUUCAAAGAAAAUCAAUUUAUUGUCAGCAAAACCAGAAUUAAAUCUAUUAUAAUCCACUGGAUUAGAAAACAGAUUUUCUAUUUUUGAACAAAUUCAAGGGUUUAAAGUGUGCCUCAUGGUUUUAAUGUAUGGUGGGGUCACUUAAUUAGCUCUGACUAGUUUUUGUUGGUUAUAUUUAUAAAUUUGUGUCUGAAAUGCACCAUAAACAGUAAAAUAACCUUUUUUUCUUAAUCAUUGAUGACAUUACACUUCCUAUUGCAUUUGCUGCCUUGACAUGAUCCUAUGUAGAGUGUCUUUUAUUUUGUAAUGAAGUCAUGCAAAAAAAAACAGAUUUGUAUUUUUGUUUUAUUUAUGCAAAAACAAUAACAUUAACAAUAGUUAAUUUAAAUGUAUCAUGCCAGUAGCAAAAACAAAAAUAAUACAUUAUCUUAUUUUUCUAAUGGGUGAGUGAAGACUUUGUGGCUCCGACUGGGUUUUGGUUGACAUAAAGUCGACCUGAAUGGCUCUUUGAGUGUUGAAGGUUGCAGACUCCUGGUUUAAAUUCUAAACUUUAAUACAAUUCUUUUUAAAAAAUCAGUCCAGUAUUACAUAAAGAGAACAAAGAUCUGCUACAGGACAUAGAUUCAUGUAAACUGUGCAAACUGAACACUUUCUGUACAGGAGAGAUCAACAGCCAAUCAGGAUGCAGAACAAAAAAAAAUACAUAAAAAA